AUGUCCAAGCCAAACAGACCACAUCCAGGUCCAAAGCCACGGAGCUGGGACCAUCCAAAAUGUCGAGCAAAGCGUCGUUAUGCAAAAUAUCGCCACAAACCACCACUUAUCCUUUCUCCACCACUCCCGCAGUCCUCUGCGAAUACUAUACAUCUCCGUCUUCUCUUCCGCGUACCCAUAAAAGACUGUCCCGCCCCUGAUUUCCUUUUUGAUCCGUUCAUCAAGCUGUUUCUCGCGAAGUAA